UUGGCGGGAUCUCCGCGGUGGAGGCGGGGGCCUCUGUUUUGCUUCUGCUUCGCGUCCCCUCCGCUCGCCCCUCUCGGGAAGGAGGGACCGGGAGAGGGAUCCCGAGCGCCGGGGCCGCUGGCCGAGUGACUGAGGGCCGAGAGACUCGGAUUGGAGAGUGCAGCCAAGAUGUCUGACAGUGAAGACAGCAACUUCUCCGAAGAUGAAAGCGAGCACAGCAGUGAGCCUGAGGAACUGGAGGAAAAUGAGACAGAAGAACGGGGCAGCAUUGUAGGCAGUGAGAAAGAAGAGGUUGAGGAGGAGGAAGAGGAGGAGGAAGAGGAAGAAUAUGAUGAGGAGGAGGAGGAGGAAGAUGACGAUCGGCCUGCCAAAAAACCCAGACACGGAGGCUUUAUUUUGGAUGAAGCUGAUGUUGAUGAUGAGUAUGAAGAUGAAGAUCAGUGGGAGGACGGAGCAGAGGACAUCCUGGAGAAAGAAGAAAUUGAAGCUUCCAACAUCGACAAUGUGGUUUUGGACGAAGACCGCUCGGGAGCCCGAAGGCUGCAGAACUUGUGGAGGGACCAACGAGAGGAAGAGCUGGGCGAGUAUUACAUGAAGAAAUAUGCCAAGUCUUCAGUGGGCGAGACCGUGUAUGGCGGCUCUGACGAGCUCUCAGAUGACAUUACGCAGCAGCAGUUACUGCCAGGAGUCAAGGAUCCCAACCUUUGGACUGUGAAAUGUAAGAUUGGAGAGGAGCGCUCCACUGCUAUUGCCCUGAUGAGGAAGUUCAUCGCCUACCAGUUCACAGACACACCCUUGCAGAUCAAAUCAGUGGUGGCUCCUGAACAUGUGAAGGGUUACAUCUAUGUGGAGGCCUACAAGCAGACCCACGUGAAGCAAGCCAUUGAAGGGGUAGGCAACCUCCGCAUGGGCUACUGGAACCAACAGAUGGUGCCCAUCAAAGAGAUGACCGAUGUCUUGAAGGUGGUGAAAGAGAUGACCAACCUGAAGCCCAAAUCCUGGGUGCGACUCAAGAGGGGCAUCUACAAAGAUGACAUUGCUCAGGUCGAUUACGUGGAGCCAAGCCAGAAUCAGAUCUCUCUAAAGAUGAUUCCACGAAUUGAUUUUGAUCGCAUCAAAGCGCGCAUGAGCCAGAAAGAUUGGGUAGCCAAAUGGAAGAAAUUCAAGCGUCCCCCACAACGUCUCUUUGAUGCAGAAAAGAUCCGAUCUUUGGGCGGUGACGUGGCCUCCGAUGGGGAUUUCCUCAUCUUUGAAGGGAAUCGCUACAGUCGGAAAGGGUUCCUCUUCAAGAGCUUUGCUAUGUCGGCUGUGAUCACUGAAGGAGUGAAACCCACUUUGUCUGAGCUGGAGAAAUUUGAAGACCAACCCGAAGGCAUUGACUUGGAGGUGGUGACCGAAAGCACAGGGAAGGAACGGGAGCACAACUUCCAGCCGGGAGACAACGUAGAGGUGUGUGAAGGGGAGUUGAUCAAUCUGCAGGGCAAGAUCCUGAGUGUGGACGGGAACAAGAUCACCAUCAUGCCCCGACAUGAAGACCUCAAGGAUAUGCUGGAGUUCCCAGCUCAGGAGCUGCGCAAAUACUUCAAAAUGGGGGACCACGUGAAGGUCAUUGCCGGGCGCUUUGAGGGCGACACGGGGCUGAUUGUGCGUGUGGAGGAGAACUUUGUCAUCCUCUUCUCUGACCUCACGAUGCAUGAGCUCAAAGUUCUCCCCCGGGACCUUCAACUCUGCUCCGAGACUGCCUCUGGUGUGGAUGUGGGUGGCCAGCAUGAGUGGGGAGAACUAGUGCUGCUGGACCCUCAGACAGCCGGGGUCAUUGUGCGUCUGGAGCGGGAGACCUUCCAGGUCCUGAGCAUGAACAACCAACUGGUGACGGUGCGGCACCAGGCGGUGAAUCGGAAGAAGGACAACCGCUUUGCGGUGUCCCUGGACUCUGAGCAGAACAACAUCCAUGUGAAGGACAUUGUGAAGGUCAUCGAAGGGUCUCACUCGGGCCGCGAGGGGGAGAUCCGUCACCUGUUCCGAGGCUAUGCUUUCAUGCACUGCAAGAAACUGGUGGAAAACGGGGGCAUGUUUGUCUGCAGGACGCGCCAUUUGAUUCUGGCGGGAGGCUCCAAGCCCCGGGAUGUCACAAACGUCACUGCUGGCGGCUUUGCACCCAUGAGUCCUCGGAUGAACAGUCCUGUGCAUCCCAGUGCUGGAGGGCAGCGUGGUGGCUUCGGAGGGGGUGGAAUGAACCGAGGUCGUGGGCGCAGAGAUAAUGACCUCAUUGGGCAGACGGUGCGGAUUUCUCAAGGUCCUUACAAAGGCUACAUUGGCGUGGUCAAGGAUGCCACAGAAUCCACAGCCAGGGUAGAGCUGCACUCCACGUGCCAGACCAUCUCGGUGGAUCGGCAGCGUCUCACUAUAGUUGAUUCCAAGAAAUCAUCUGGCUUGCCCUCUGGUUAUGGGCGUACCCCUAUGUACGGCUCCCAGACUCCUAUGUACGGCUCAGGCUCCCGCACACCCAUGUAUGGCUCCCAGCACGAUGGAAACCGGACGCCUCACUAUGGCUCCCAAACACCCUUACACGAUGGCAGCCGGACACCUGCACAGAGCGGGGCCUGGGAUCCCAACACCCCUUCCAGGGCAGAGGAAGAGUUUGACUAUGGUUUUGAUGAUGAGCCCACGCCUUCUCCACAAGGCUAUGGGGGGACUCCCAACCCACAGACUCCAGGCUAUCCGGACCCUUCUUCCCCGCAGGUUAACCCCCCGUACAACCCUCAGACGCCUGGUACUCCAGCCAUGUAUAACACAGACCAGUUUUCUCCGUACGCUGUCCCAUCCCCUCAGGGGUCCUACCAACCGAGUCCUAGCCCUCAAAGUUUCCACCAAGUGGCGCCUAGUCCUGUGGGCUACCAGAAUACCCACUCACCUGCCAGUUACCACCCAACUCCUUCACCAAUGGCUUACCAGGCUAGCCCCAGUCCUAGUCCGGUGGGCUACAGUCCUAUGACCCCAGGGGCUCCUUCCCCAGGAGGUUACAACCCUCACACCCCAGGCUCUGGGAUUGAGCAGAGCUCCAGCGAUUGGGUCACCACCGAUAUCGAGGUUGAAGUGCGUGACACUUACCUGGACAGCCAUGUGGUGGGAAAGACCGGAGUCAUCCGCAGCGUGACCGGUGGGAUGUGUUCAGUCUACGUUAAGAAAUGUGAGAAGGUAGUCAGUAUUUCAAGCGAACACCUGGAGCCUGUGACACCGGCCAAGAAUGAUAAGGUCAAAGUCCUUCUGGGAGAAGACCGAGAAGCUACCGGAAUCCUGCUGAGCAUCGAUGGAGAAGACGGAAUUGUCCGCACAGACCCGGAAGAGCAGCUCAGAAUCCUCAACUUGCGUUUCCUUGGCAAGCUCGUAGAAGCUUAGCGGGACGGGUAGCAACCCUGGGUGUGAAUAGGGUUUGGUUGUUUUCCUCUUCCCUUUUCUUCCGUUCCUCCUUUCCUUCUAGCCAGCUACCAGCAGACGGCAACGCCACGCCUUUGUACAGAUUUGCUCCCGAGGACGGUUUAUUUUUUGUGUGUGCGAGUUUUCUCUUCCUGCGUAUUUCCCCCAGGUGACUUUGCUCGGGUGGGGGGGCGAGGGACAAUCUUGCAGCUGCCUACAAAGCGACUUCGGCAGAGGGGCUGCAGCGAACGGAGCCCAGCGCCCUCCCAUCCCCCCUUUUCCGUAGCACUUUAUGUCCUCUCCGGCACCAAAACCUCCGGCGUGUAGCUUGUUUUAAUAAAACCACCUCAUGAACUUC